CCAUCUACUAAUGUUACUACAACAUGUACUACUGUUACUACAACAUGUACUACUACAUCAUCUACUAAUGUUACUACACCAUAUACUACUACACCAUCUACUAAUGUUACUACAACAUGUACUACUGUUACUAAAUCAUCUACUACUACACCAUCUACUAAUGUUACUACACCAUUUACUACUACACCAUCUACUAAUGUUACUACAACAUGUAGUACUGUUACUACAUCAUCUACUACACCAUCUACUAAUGUUACUACAACAUGUAGUACUGUUACUACAUCAUCUACUACCACACCAUCAACUAAUGUUACUACAACAUGUAGUACUGUUACUACAUCACCUACUACUACACUAUCUACUAAUGUUACUACAACAUGUACUACUGUUACUACACCAUCUACUACUACACUAUCUACUAAUGUUACUACAACAUCAUCUACUACUACACCAUCUACUAAUGUUACUACACCAUUUACUACUACACCAUCUACUAAUGUUACUACAACAUGUAGUACUGUUACUACAUCAUCUACUACACCAUCUACUAAUGUUACUACAACAUGUAGUACUGUUACUACAUCAUCUACUACCACACCAUCAACUAAUGUUACUACAACAUGUA